GUGAUAAUUGAUUCAAAAUGGUAGACGGACAGUGAAAAAAGUUAUCGAAUUUUAGUGGUUUUGCCAGUUUUAUUCCUGAUAUAUUGUUUGAAUACGACCAGAGAUGGGGUCGUUGUUCCGCAGUGAGGAGAUGACCCUGUGUCAACUCUUCCUCCAGUCAGAAGCUGCCUACACAUGUGUCUCGGAGCUCGGUGAACUUGGACUUGUCCAGUUUAGAGAUCUCAAUCCUGAUGUAAAUGCUUUUCAAAGGAAGUUUGUCAACGAAGUGAGACGAUGUGAUGAAAUGGAGAGAAAGCUAAGAUUCCUUGAGAAGGAGAUCAAGAAGGAUGGGAUACCAAUGCUGGACACAGGUGACAACCCUGAUGCACCACAACCAAGGGAGAUGAUCGACCUAGAGGCCACCUUUGAGAAGCUUGAAAAUGAAAUGAAGGAAGUGAAUGCCAAUGCAGAAGCUUUGAAGAGGAACUUCCUUGAGUUGACGGAGCUGAAGCACAUCUUGAGGAAGACCCAGGGCUUCUUCGAGGAGAUGGCAACUGAAGAUCUAAAGGCUGAAUUCCAUCAUCAGGCAAUACACGAUCCGUCAAUGACUGAGGAGAACAUAGGAUUAUUAGGAGAGGAGGGGCUGCGCGCAGGAGGACAAGCUCUCAGGCUAGGGUUUGUCGCUGGUGUGAUCCAUCGUGAACGCAUCCCAGCCUUCGAGAGGAUGUUGUGGCGCGCCUGUCGAGGCAACGUGUUCUUGAAGCAGACGGAGAUCGAGACCCCCCUCGAAGACCCCGUGACCGGCGAGGAAGUGAGGAAGUCUGUCUUCAUCAUCUUCUUCCAAGGAGACCAGCUCAAGUCUCGUGUCAAGAAGAUCUGUGAGGGAUUCCGUGCUACACUUUACCCGUGCCCUGAAACCCCAGCAGAGCGACGCGAGAUGGCUGUCGGUGUCAUGACACGUAUCGAGGACUUGAACACCGUCCUCGGCCAGACCCAGGAUCAUCGUCACCGCGUCCUUGUGGCUGCCGCCAAGAACAUCAAAGUCUGGUUCAUCAAGGUCCGCAAGAUCAAGGCAAUCUAUCACACGCUGAACAUGUUCAACCUCGAUGUGACACAGAAAUGUCUGAUUGCUGAGUGUUGGUGCGCUGUCUCCGAUCUGGAUAAGAUUCAGCUGGCUCUGAGGAGAGGAACUGAGAGAAGUGGUAGCAGCGUCCCCUCCAUCUUGAAUCGCAUGCAGACGAAGCAACCACCGCCGACCUACAAUCGUGUCAACAAAUUCACCAGCGCAUUCCAGAAUAUCAUCGAUGCUUAUGGUGUGGCCAACUAUAGGGAGGCAAAUCCUGCACCGUUCGCCAUCAUCACAUUCCCGUUCCUGUUCUCGGUCAUGUUCGGCGACCUUGGCCACGGUCUGCUCAUGUUUCUCUUUGGCUUCUGGAUGGUCAUCAGAGAAAAGAGUCUCGGCGCAAAGAAGAGUGACAACGAGAUAUGGAACACAUUCUUUGGCGGCCGUUACAUCAUCUUGCUAAUGGGCUGCUUUGCCAUGUAUUCAGGCCUCAUAUAUAAUGACGUGUUUUCCAAGCCGCUGAACAUAUUUGGAUCUGCCUGGACACCACAGUAUAGCGGAGCAUUCUACCAAAAGAGCAAACUAAUCAUGUUGCAGCCUGUCAGGUCGAAUACGACUACUAUGUACCGUGGAACUCCAUAUUACUUUGGGAUGGAUCCAUUGUGGAAUAUCGCGGACAACAAGAUCACAUUUGGGAACUCAUUCAAGAUGAAGUUGUCAGUCAUCCUUGGGAUCUCUCAGAUGAUGUUUGGUCUGUGGCUCAGUCUCUUCAACCACACCUACUUCAAGAGGAAACUGAACAUCUGGUGCGAGUUUAUCCCCCAGCUGCUCUUCAUGCUCUGUAUCUUUGUUUAUCUCGUCAUCCUCAUCUUCUACAAGUGGUGUACGUUCACCCCUGAGAUGGGCCACUGUGCCCCGAGUCUCCUCAUUGGUUUGAUCAACAUGUUCCUGUUGAAGUACCCCAACGGCCCUGACGACAACUGCUCCGUCAAACCUUUCUACACCGGGCAGAAGUCGUUCCAAACGUUCCUGGUGAUCGUCGCACUGCUCUGCGUACCAUGGAUGUUGGUCAUCAAGCCCCUCAUUCUCCGUAAACAGCACCAGGAGAAAUCGGCGUUGUCUGGUGGUGCACAUUUAUCCGUGAACAGUGGCGACAUCGUUGACGAACGUGGAGAAGUAAGACACCACGACGGAAAUGUCAAACUGCCAGAGGAGGAGGUUGAUGAGGAGUUUGACUUUGCCGAUGUGUUCAUCCACCAAUGUAUUCACACGAUAGAGUACUGUCUCGGCUGUGUCUCAAACACUGCCUCUUACCUCCGACUCUGGGCUCUCAGCUUGGCCCAUGCCGAACUUUCUGAAGUACUUUGGACAAUGGUGAUGCGUAUUGGUCUCAGCAUGAAUGGUUGGAUUGGUACCCCCGUGUUGGUUGCCAUUUUCUCUUUCUGGGCCGUUCUAACCAUUGCUAUUCUCUUGUUGAUGGAGGGCCUGUCAGCCUUCCUGCACACACUGCGUUUGCAUUGGGUUGAGUUCCAGAAUAAGUUCUACAUUGGUGCAGGAUACAAGUUCUUACCAUUCUCAUUCGAGUCCAUCAUGGAGCAACACGGACCGGAGGACAUCUCUUAGACAAUUACCUGAUCACCUGGCUUCAGCUGGCUGGCUUUCACUUGACUGUAACGUCACCUGGCUAUGGUAACAGUGACAAAGGUGUCACCUUGUGGGCACAUACAUGUAUCUUCUGUUUGUUUUAUUAUUGUUGUGUUGAUAAAAUGUAACAGUAUUGUUUAUAUAGAGGUCAGAAACUAGUCAUGGUCUUGAAGGUGUGUCUUGAUUCCUAUGGCUUUAUGACAAUGCCCAAAGUUUAGAUUCAGGAAUGUGUGAUACUUGUUAAAUAGAUAUGUGCUCAUGAAUUUAUUUAUUUCUCAAAACUCGUGUGCCAGCUGAAAGCCAGGUAUACAACUCCAGACAGCUGAUAGAUGUGUUAUUGGUGUAAACAUUUAAUGUUAGAAACAUUGUCCCUUUAAGGCUUGAGGAAAUCUCGCAUAGAGAUUAGUCUAUUGUCAUGAUCAGACAGAUUAUUCUGGCAAUAACUGCCACUUACCUCAGCCCUAAAGAGAUGACCGGUUUCUAUCUUACAUCUCGUCACUUGGGAACUAUUGCUGCUUUAGAAGGCUACCUCCAAAUCUGAAGGUUUAUGAAGAAACUGCCAAAAGGUGAUAUCAGAUUGCUUCUCAAACAGGAGGAAUGUCUCGAUGUGGAAAUAAGGCAUGUAUCCAUGAUUAUGGUGACAAAAUUGUGAAAUCUCCAUGUAGCUUGAGGUUCUCUUGAUUGAGAAGUAACCAGCCAAAGUGGCAACAUCUCUGCUCACUGUCAUUGUAAUUAUCUUCCUUCACUGGUGUAGGCCUUACAUAUCUGUCCAGUACAAGUACUUCAACAAGAAGACACUAAAAUACUUGUUAGGAUAGCCGAGUGAAACAGUCGACAGUCGUUUGGCUCCUGUUACAAAUGUACUUUCUUUUGUUUUGUUUUUGUUAACUUUUCUCUCAUUGGUAUAGCUUAAACACAUAUCUGUAAAACUUAAGUCAUAAAUUUAUUACAAGUUACUAAUCUGCUGUCUGGAACUUUUGUGUUGUGUGGAAAAUAACAAAAUUGUACGGCAGGUUGUCAUAAAAGAUAAUUCACAACUGGUUGAUUUGUGCAUGACGUAAAUGGCAAUGUUGAGAGAGGAUGCUCACUUUGUAUUGAAGUUGUAAGAGUGGUACCACACAGGGAAGGAUUAAAUUACGCUGUCGGGUUUUACAAUCAUAUUGCAUUUUAAAAAUAGAUCUGGUAGUCUUCGUUGAACUUUCCUGUAUCAUUAUUACCACAUUGUUAUUGUUUAAAGCCCAUAUUACUGAGAAAGAUGGUCAUAAUCAGUGAAAUGAGAUUGCCAAGAAUCCAAGUUUAUUUAGAAUGUACCUCAAACAUUGGUGUUUUCUUGGUUUUGUUCUUUCACUGAAAACGAGACGAAAGAGGUGGGAAAAUCUCAGUUUCAUGAAUAAGGUCAGGCAGAAAUUCUAUCAUUAUUGUAUUGUGACCUUAAAUAUUGUAAGGAUCAACAGUUGGUGUAGUUAGUUUUUGUGACUUGUUAAUGGUUCAGCAUAGAAUAAACGGACAGCUUGCCUACAAAA